AUGAGCGGCAGCUCGAACCAGUCCACUCGAACGAGUCCCGGCUCAUUUAGUACGACACAGCGCACCGAGUCCGUGUCGUCUGGUUCAUCGCCACCCCAACACCCGCUCUCGUCCUCUGCUUCUCCGACGGCCGUGACAACUCAGCAUGCGAUGUCGACCGACGUCUACAGCCCAUCCGUUUCUCAACCUUCUACAUCGUUAGCCCCCACUUUCACUUAUCCAUUCUCGCCCCUCAGCGCUUCUUCGUCUUUCGACAGCGGAAUGCGCCUCAGUGAUACAGACCGCAACUUCCAGGGCCUCAAUGGCCUUGGUCGCGCCAGCGGCGGUGGCGCGAUCUUGAUGCGCAAGUUGCCCCGGAACACAAGCCAGGAGGCCCUUCGCAGCAUGUUGCUUUUCGCCAAGGAUUUCGUGGAUGCCGACUUUGUGACCUCUGACCACCCGGAAGACGAAGGGUUCCUCAGUGCCAUCGCCCGCUUCAACACCCUGCCCGCCGCCGAAGAGGCCCGGGCUCUCCUCGACGGCAAACCGAACUCCAAGAACGACGCCAACAUGGUCGUCGAGAUGUACCCCGGUCCGGUCGGAUUCAGCCUGUCGAAUGCCCGUCGCAAUACGAUAGAUCACACCAACAGUCGUGGUCUUCUGGGAAGCGUUCCCUCCAAUGGUCAUCUUUCGCGACAGUCCUCUCGAUUCAACGGCACUUUUCAAAGCCUCGAGAGACUGUCCUCGGUGAACCCGGCCAGUCAGGUGAUUGGCGAAGGUCUGCCGUCCGCAUCCGACUCCGGCUCACGUCUCCAUAAUUUGUUCUCACCGCAGUCACCUAUCGGCAAUGGAGUUGGUGAUCUCCCGCGAGUGACGGGUAAAUCCAUGAUCGACGAGGACCCGGACGAGGAGACUGGCGAGUUGCUGAAAGACCCUGUGGGUUACGCAGAGAACGGUCACUCUGCCUCAGCCUCCGCUCCACGUCGUUCAACAAAUCCUCAAAUCCCGACCAGUCGAUUCGCCAAUCUGUCCUUGUCAACAGCAAUGUCCUCCCCGCCGUUGCCCAACUACUCCUCCAACGGUCCCGGGCAGCGCAUGGGAAGCGUCAGUGGUCCAUCUUCGGCUUAUCCAGCUAGCCACGGCCAUGGUCAUGGCCACGGUCAGGGCUACCCGUACGGUGGUAGUCAACAUACUCCCCGCCACAGCCUGCCAGCCGCCAAUCCGAACGACUUGAACCCCCCAUGCAAUACGCUUUACGUGGGUAAUUUGCCUCCUGACACCUCGGAGGAAGAACUGAAAGCUCUUUUCUCCAAGCAGCGGGGAUACAAGCGAUUGUGCUUCCGUAAUAAGCAGAAUGGCCCUAUGUGCUUCGUUGAGUUUGACGAAGUGGCCAUGGCCAGCAAGACCCUCAACGAGCUCUACGGCUACAAACUCUCCAACAGCGUCAAGACCGGCAUUCGUCUUAGCUUUUCGAAAAAUCCACUUGGUGUUCGAUCAGGACAGCCUGGCAGCAUGAGUGCCUCUCAUGUCCUCCCGGCCCCGGGAAUCGCGCCGGGAAGCAAUAAUCUCAGUGGCAUGCACAGUCACAUGUUCUCUUCGGUUAGCGGACCACCCCCGGGCCUGGCUGCACCUCCCGGGCUUGCAAUGCCAAUGCCACUACGCAAUGGCAAUACGCUGCAUUCAGCUCAUGGCAAUGGUCACCCGCAUGGCUUGGUUGGCAACGGUGGUUUCAACCACAAUUCUGGUCUCGGCAUCCGUACCACCGGGGGGAAUGCACUCAUGAUGUCGCCCCCGCCCCACGGACCUCCUGCGGGCAACAACGCAAAUCCAAGUCUCAAUGGCUACAACUCCUUCUACCCCGAUUACAUGAUGGGUCGCUAG